AUGGAAAAGAAACCAAAGGACGACAACCGAUCUUGGCCUACAUGGACGACAUGUUCGAAAAUAAAUCUUACGGCGCUCUCCAAAGACAAUGUGACUAGCCAACCACCAAGUUCGGAGCCGUUCAACCCGCCAGAAGAUGAGAAGGCGUUUCGGCAUAUUGUAUGCAAGCGCUUCUCGUUGCUAAAUUUGGACAGUGUCAAGUUUGGGAAACGGCUGUUUGAUUGUUCUGUCCUGUUGGAACACCGUGGAGAUACGCUGGGAACCGGCGUUGACGCGCUAGACUGGAUGUUUAGCCAUCCAAAAUUACGAUUUGCGACUCGUAGCACGCUGCAUUGGGGAAAUGCACACGGAUCUAUCAUUUACAGUCCGCUGCGAUUCGAGACGGGCGUCAAAACGGAGGACAGUCUCAUCGAUGGUGUUCUCGUGACAGGUCUGUUCAACCCACGUGGAAAACGUCCCUCAUCGCGCAUUGUUCCCCUUACGUCCGGAAGAGACCUCUAUUCGUAUCGCCUCGAUUCUACGGACUUGCGCAACAUCCCUUCUGGUAGGGAGUGUCGAAUUCCAACACUCUCGCCGUUUGCCUUAGUCAAACAGUACCAUCACGCUAAAAGCGUACAGCGGCUGGGAUACGCAAAAUUAGAGCACGUCAAACGCGAGCAUGUACAGAGUGUCAUUCACCUUGUGCGCUUCCAAGGGCAGACCGCCUACGGCGCCUUCGUCGAGACCAGGAUACAUGCAUUCAUCUACCUUGCGGUCGUAAAGUCGAUCAUCGCGAUCUGGCAUUCUAUAUUUCAGAACUGUCAGCAUUUUUGUAGUGCAGUGUUGGAAUCUCAAUGCUUCCUUCGCCAGAUAGGAUGCGACUCUGCAGGGAGCGGGAUUGCUGGGUCACAUACGUACUUUGCGGCCCUGCCCAGCACUUCCAAAGUGCUCCGACUCGCCGACGAUCAGAGCGCAGCAUUGUCACCAUGCUUUUCUGAAUACUUUGGCUCUAUAGAGCGCUCCAAAGAACAUGCAACGAUGCUUUCAUUCCGCCGAGUCGACAGCGGUGAGAAAUCUCGAGAGACUCUGCUCGACCUCCGUAUGUUUGGCAUCCCGGCCCUUCCAAACCGGGCGGACCCUUCGCAGACCGAUGGCUGGCUUGAGAUCCGCGCUAGCGAGUCGGCUGAUGCAUGGUUUUCCCUGUCUGCGAUUUCACUGUUUUUUGUGACAAUGCGGAACCGACCGGAGGAGCUCAGUCGGAAACUAGCAGCCGUGUCGAUGGAGAAUGGGAUGAAAAUGCUCGCGUUUGGCUACUUCGAGUGGCUCGAAAAGGUCGCUCAUUACCACCUGCUAAACUCAGUAAUGCGAGACUACCUUGCAAGCCUGAGUGCGCAAGACGUUGAAGAGAUCAUGAAGAUGGAGACUUACCUCAGUUUACUGGCUGAUGCCGAUAGAGCUAUCGCCCGUGCAGAAGAGAAAAGAGACACUGCUUUACUCUCACAUACGAAACGCCAGAGGAAGCAGGAGGUGAAAAGAUCUCGAAAGAGGCGCGAUGCUUUGACAUCAGUCUGGGAGCUAGAGGUGAAGGUUCCUAUGCCCAGAGCGAGGCGACGUGGGCAGCGGGAUUGGUUUGCGACCUUGGGCUGA